UGGUCAGCGCCAGCGGGGCGACGUUCAAACUCCUCCCCCUCACCACCACCGCAUCUCGGCGGAGUCAGCGGCUAUCCACCCAACGGAAAGUUUUUGGGGCGAGCUAUCAAGCCAAAGCUCUGGAAAGCCCGAAAAUGAGUCAGUUUAAGGAGCGCUUCGUGACUCUGCUCCGUGAGAAGAACUUUGUGACAGAUCAGUUGGCGACGUUGGAGCAAAAAACGGGAGUGAAGAGAGAGUACAUCGUUUUGGGUGUUCUGAGUUUUAUCGGGUUGUAUCUUCUGUUUGGAUAUGGAGCCUCACUUCUCUGCAACCUGAUUGGCUUUAUCUAUCCAUCAUAUUUCUCUAUUAAAGCCAUCGAGAGCCAAAUUAAAGAGGAUGACACACAGUGGCUGACCUACUGGGUUGUUUAUGGCCUCUUCAGCAUCGUCGAGUCGUUCUCUGACAUCUUCCUCUUCUGGUUCCCCUUUUACUAUGCUGGCAAGUGUUUGUUCCUGAUUUGGUGCAUGGCUCCGGUGACUUGGAACGGUUCUGACAUCUUGUACAAGCGCGUGAUCCGGCCAUUUUUCUUGAAACACGAGUCUACCAUGGACAAUGUGGUCAGCGAUCUGAGUGCCAAGGCUAAGACCAUAACUGAUAACGUUGCAAAGGAGGGUGAGACAACUAUAGUAUACAUCUGUUAACCGGGCCCUUCACCAUGACAAGAACCAGUGAGAGACGUGGGAAGGCGUUGUAUGUGUGCGUGUGUGUUUGAGUACUUGAAAGAGUUACUGAAUGAGUUUGUGUGUGUGUUGUCUCACUUUUGGUGCAUCCUCCCCCCCUGCCUUCCAGUGGUGAAUGAUGAUGAUGACCAACCACUCCGUCAUGUGGUGAAUGGAAGCUUUACACUCCUGAAAAUAAAUAAAAGCCCGUGUGUGCAUUCACAUCACUUUACUGCCAUCAGUACUGCGAAGACAAUCAGUGAAACUUCUUGUCUUAUUAUUUUCAUCAUUGUACUGAGAAUAUGUGGAAAGAAAUACGUUCAUAGCAAAAAAUGUUGAUUGUGGGCCUGCAGGUUUCAGCAACACUGGCAGUGAAGUUAUUAUGUCUUAUUGAGCCAUUUGUGACAGAGGCUGGUAACAUCUUCAAAUAAGUCUGUAAACAGUAUUUUCUUUUGGAACUUUUACGUGUCACUAAUGUCUUCUUGCUCCUAAAAGCCUUACUCUCGCAUGUGGCAAGCAGUAUUUAAAGCCUGUUUGAGCUAUUGGGAAGGUUCUAAAUCUGUACGUUUAACUAGAUGUCUUCUGUCCUUUCAUCUGUCUUAAUUUAUCAUCUCAUAAUAGUGAAACAAUAAAACUGGAACCCUGAUGAACUGAA